GCAACGCAAAUCUCAUAUCUAUUGCGUAAUAACAUGAUUUGUUUAUUGACAUUUUUAUAAAGUAUUUUUCCUAAUAAACUGGCUAAUAUAAAAAUUGCAACCAUGCAAGAUAUAUUAGCAAGAUUCCCAUAUUACUUUCAUUUUGGCUCACAAUACUUUCAAAGGACUGUUUUACUACCCCUGGAACCGAUGUUGCCACGAACGCCGUUUAAUAAAACCGAAGAGCCAACGUUUUCGCGCCAUCCAUUUGUUGUUUGGAUUCUGAGAAGUUGGCUGUUAGUUCGAUAUCAAAGUCUGGAUGAUAUGGAGUUAAUUAAGCCGCGGAGGCUCUGGUCUAUUUCUUGUUCUAUAGCCAGAAACGUGCAUCUUUUAAAUGUGAAGUGAUAAAAAGCAGUUUGAAGUUUAGUUACUGUGCAACUUAAUCAUGAUAUGAAGAGAAAUUUACAUUACAAUUACUGGAGAGAUUUAAUGAAUGUUAAGGUGUAAAAGCUAAAUGUAAAAACUUACACUUAGUUACUUUUUGUGAUUCUUAAAUAUUUGUGCAUCAUCUGUGCAGUCUGAUGAUUGAUCGAGAAGGUGGUCAGUAAAACCAUGGUUAGUACACAAAGUGUCCGGCUUUUCCUUUUAUCCCCCGGAGGUGUCUUCAUUUUGGUGUAACACGUGGUGAAAAAAGAGGUUUCUCGUAAACGGCCCCGUAACGGCUUGUGAUUGAUCGUGUGUCGGACAGUUUAAGAAUUGAAUGAUUCAUGGUUCUUACUCAGAAAGGAUGAGAAAGGACUUAUCAAAAGAUGGAAACUAGUUACGUGCCGAUUCAUGGUGUGCCGUGAAGAUCGUAAGAAGAUUUUUGUUCUUGUUUUGUUUUAACAACAAACAUGGACUAAAGUAACCAACUGAAGUUGUUCUAAAGUAUCGCCAAGAACCAAAACGUCUUUCCUUUUGUGUGGCAAUAAGUUUAAUUCUUAUGGUUAAAUCAGAAAACGUUAGAAUAAAAACAAACGGAAAAUACAAUAACAUCUCCAAUUCUUUUUGAUUUGAUCUACAUGUGGCAGUAAAGCUCAUCCUCGUCCCCACACACGCUUUCAUUCACCUAUGGCACUAGACGUUGUACGACUCUCACCUUUCCGUGGUCAAUCUUUUAAAGAGCAGCCAAUUAGUUGCAGGCAACAGCAACCCAGCUGCUCCAUUCCGGUAGCUCGACCCUCACUCGACGGUUGGCAGUAAUUAAGAGGCGGUGUCAAUUAAUCAAACUGACGGUUCUAUUUGUCCGGGAGCUGUAGUGCUCGUACGUGUCUGUGUGCGCCAGAGUGUAUAUCGUUCGUAUCCACACGUAAGCUUAUCCGUUGAUCGAGUAUCGAAGUGGUAAAUCAUUAGAUUCGAGUGCUCUUUUUUAGUGAUUGAGUGAAGUGAGUCACCAGCCUCAGCCCUGUGGAGCACGGAGGUUGCCUGCGGGAAAACUCAUCCAGAUCACAAACGUGACGCAAGGCAAAAUGUCAGCAGCAUUACGGUACGCUGGGUGAACAAAAAACAAAGAAGAAUGUGAACUCAGAGUGUAUAAUGGAGUGUCUUAGCAUUGUUUUGAAGGUAACUUGCUGAGUGAUUGGUGAGAUAAGUUGAAAUAAAAUAUAAAGAAGUGCUAUAAAGAGUAGUGAAAAUGAAAAUUAGUAAUCCUACUAUCGAAGCAUAUUUUUUAAUUAAUGGCAAGUGAAUGUUACAAAUCUGAUUCGGUGAUAGUUCAUGAAUAAAAGUGUUCUUUGAGAAAUACAAAGUACCAUCAAAAGGAAAGAAAGGAUUAAAAAUGCUCCAAGUUACAGCAGAUCGCUUUGGGCGACGAAGCAGCUCCAUCGGCUGCCGAUCAAUUGUUGGCCGGCGGACUUCAAUGUACAUCAACCAAACGCAGCACGAUCGUGAUCCUUUCAAGUUAAUCCUCGAAAUCAACAGUGAAGUAGCGCUAUUUCGCGAUCUGCUUAUCCACGUCGGCCAAUCGAGAGACUGCCCGGAGCUGCGCGAGAAAAUACGAAAACUUCGUCGAUCCUGUGUCGAAGCUUGUAAACACACCGCCGCCCUGAUACUGCCCCAGAUACGAACCGCCAUCGCCGAGGGCAUCCUUACCGAUAAUCCACACCUGGUGCUGCUGUUCUACCUUGCUCAACUAUUUCUAAGAGAAUUAAUCAAAAGCCACCGACUGGUACAGGUAAUACCGAUGGACAUGUCCGGCUAUUACGAAAACCGUGCCGGCCCGUCAAAUCUGGGCAAUGUGAUAAGUCAGAUACUGCUCUGCAAGCAAAUUACACCCGACUUCAAUCAGGAGGAGCUGUGCAGCAUUACCAAGGAUUCACAGGAGAUCGCCCGAAUACUUCAGGAGCUGCAGGAGUUUAUGCCACAGCAGGAAAGUUACCUGGAACGAACAAUCGCCCUCACGACGGAAAUCAAUGGACCCUGGCCAGCGAAACGUCGGCGUGGAUCAUUAUACAAAAACAUGGGUCUUCUGUGCUGCGUGUCACGUCCCAACUACCUAUGAAUGCGAACGUCACUGCGGCCGAAUGUGUGAUCCGGUGGAUCAUGCUGCCGCACCCUGUACCAUCCGGUGUCCACACAUGCCUGCGCGUAACCGCAACUUCCAUCGAGCUCCAAAAAUAACGACCAAAAAUGCCGCUUUCCAUUCGCAAAACCCACCGACCUACCAGCACCGACCCAGCAAUGGGCCAGCAAUCUCGUCAACAAUGCAUCACCCGGUACCGGGCGAUUCAUGAGUUCGCAUCCAUCGCUUCAUAACUGCAUCGACUCUGCAUCGAACACGGGAACACCGGAAACGAACGCAUCGCUUGACGUUUGGAAAUAAGCCCACUGUGAAAGGUACCCACUAUAGACACACUUCCGGGUUCCCGUUUUCGGUUAACGAUGACCACAGCGCGUUUGUGUGCGUGUGUGUUGUGAGUGUAUGAAAUGAAUAGAUCCAACGAUUUUCGGGGGGAGACGUUGAUGAGUUCGUCGUAUCCUAAUGCAACAGAGAGAAGAAAAAACAUUGUCCGCCAUGUUUUCCGGACAAAAAUAGACGCAGGAUAGUGUAUGUGAGGAUGAACAACAUGAAGCUACCGUCAGCUUGAUACAUGGCGGCAAUAAAAAGUGCAUCGGACUGUAACGGAAGCAGUGGAUGGGCACCAAUGCACCAAUAAAAAUUCACCGACACACAUACACAUUACCAGAGAAGAAAACUUUACCGUAGGAAAGUAGAUUCGUGUAUAAGUGCGAAAUAUCGUACGAUCAUCUGAUGAAGGCUUAGGUUUAUUUUUUUGCCCUUUCUCUUUACUUCAUGGGUUUGAUAGUUUUGAAAAUAUCGCUUAAGGGUAUGAUACACGACAGUAAUGAAAAUGUUUGAAAGGAAAAAGGAAAUUCAUGACGUUGCAAGCAAAUUGUUGAGAGAAAAUAUUCUGUUUUAAAUUGGUUUUCCAUAACUAAAGUCGCUGUUACAUUCAUUAAAGUGUUCGAGCGCCCUCAUUAAUGUGCUGGCAAGGAUUGUACAACUAUCAAAAAUGUUACCUGGUUAAAUUUAUUGGAUGGUGAAAACUUUCAACAAACUCGCCCGGGUCUGUUGUUCACGAUGAAAAUGAGUUUUAAGCCUGUGUACUAUUUUUCCCGUUGAAACUGUACAAAAUCACAAUUUUCCGUUUAACUACAAGCGUAAUAUGCGAAAGAGCAUAAUUAGAAACUAACCGCACUGCACCGUUCAACUGUCGCUCUAAUGUAUGCAUUCAGUGUGUAUUAUUUACAUAAUUAAAUCCCAGCUAAUGCUGUUAUUGUUCCGAACCCCACCCCCCAGUUGAUAAUCUGGUGCCGAUAAUCUAAAUCUGGAAAGGUGUACUUUCAUGCUAUUCACUAAUCUGAUUCGUAAUUAUGCCAAUGUGUGGAUCUGCAUGCUAUGACGCUAUAUUAGUAUUCAUGGUGAAAAAGAGCUUUUUUCUAUUUCGCUCUGCUAUGACUAAUGGUUGCAAGUGUGUGUAAGUUUAAGCUACUGAUAAUUGGUUCAUAGCAAACACCAGCGAUAAUCAAUCCCGGAAAGGCAAGUAAAAACAUCACAAAAGCCUUUUAUUCUCUGCUAAUUAUAUGAACACUACCGUCUUCCGGUUCUUGUACCAUUCGAACGGUGCAUCAAAUUGAUUGAAGCUAUUGAUAAACGCAAGCUGUUUGUACAAGGUCGAACCCCAAAACAUGGUACACAAAUGUAAACGGGACAAGGUAAAUACAUUACGUUUAACUUGCAAGCUUAUCCCCACAAUACCCAAAGCGAAUCAUAAUCAUUAAUCAAAUGCCACGCAGCAAUGAAACGAAAGCAAACAUUCUGCCCCAACGGAUUUCGGACGAACUUGUCGGUGGAUUCUGAUAUUUGUUUGGUUCGUACAAAAACCCAGCAACAACAUAAUACUCCCAUCGAAACACAUUUAUAUGCUACCGAAACCGAUGUUCAUUUGUUGCUCGUUUGACGUUCGUUUUGGUGAAGCUUUUAAUGGAAGUUUAAUCAAGCGGAAAAAUAUUACCCUUCACCGUGUUUCCCGCUCGGCAGCAAACCUCUGGUCGCUCCCGCCACAUCUUACCAUCUACUUCAGGAUCGUAGAAUGAUUUCAUUAAGGGAUUUCCGUCUCCGGACGCCGCUUCCGGCGAAAGCAACAAUCAUUUCAAUAACCAUAACCUUCUAAUGACCGGCGUAAAUAUUGGAUUAGAUUAGAAUUAGCGCUGCGGUGUGCGUUCUCGUUUACAAUGGUUUGGAAAAGUGGCGUCCAGUUUUGAUCAGCAGCUGCCAGGUAAUGCUUUUAGUUCCCAUUCCCAAACACAAUUGGGGGUACCAUUCGGGCAGGUUUGGAAAAUGAAUUUUAAUGCUUGUAAUAGCAACAUUCUUUUCACAUUGUGUUAAAUAAUGCAUGAAAUGAAAUGUGAAAAUGUGUCGGUUAAUCAUACUAUCUGAUCGUUUUUCCCUUUGUUUCUUGCUCGCAACGUCAUGGAAUUGGCCUGAUAUUGAAUUUUUAUCACAUUCCUUUGUUUGAAAUAUAGGAAUUCCUAUAGGAUCUCCAUGCAAAUUUGUCGAACUAUUCUAAGCAACUAAUUUUAUCACUGUAGAGCACGUUUGACAGUAUGGUAGCAAAAUAAAAAACUUAAAGUAAGAAAAUCACAAACGAUUACGAACAGAAUCAAAACAUGAGCAAAACAUCAUCUAGUAUUAAACGUUGCAUUUCAAAACUUUUUAUUGUAACAUAAUGACCAACUAUUAGUAGGUCUAUCAUAACACGAAGAAGAAAGUUUCUAGUAAGAGAAAAAAAUAAUGCGAUAUUGUUGAUAAAAGAAAAAUACGGUACAGUUUAAAUGUACAAAAGCAAUAUAUUUCGUAUAUUUUUCUAAUCAGUUUUAUAAUCAUUAUCUUCAGGAAUUUUGUAAGGUAGUGUUUAAAAACACUCCAAAAAAAUUAAUGCAAAGCAUUUAAAAAAAUAUACAUAUAUUUAAAGUUCAUCAUUGUGAGAGAUUUUACUUUUUGUUGCAUCUAGGAAAUACAUACAAACCAGAUGUGUAGUGCAGCACCAUCAAGUGAAAAAGUAUCGAACAAACGUUUUUUUCCAUCAUAGUGAAAUGAUAUUAAACUUACUGAUCGAAUCAAAUCAUUUAUCGUGUUAGGUUUAAAGUUAACGUACAUUAAAUCUUAAUACGAUUUUUAACCGCACUGAAACACACUUGUAGAAAAGUUCGAACUAAUUCACCAUAAAUAUUAUACUAACAAACACACAUAAGUAUAUGCUUCAUCGAUACGCAGCCGAAAGGGUCGAAACACUUUAGCGUAUGAUGAAUGCAUUAUUAGCAACCUGUAUUUUGAAAGAGAAAAUACCUAACUAUAUAACUAGUGUAUCUCCAAUUCAUAGAAGAUCUGUAAGUAGAACUAAUGAAGCAGGCAUCAAAGAGUGUUACUUACUUAUUUACUAAGUGAUUGUUUUUACGUGGAUGUGUUAAAAGUUUGAAUUCUCCCCGGACGAUGAGAAAGCUGCCGGCUGCGGUGUGAUUUUAAUUUACUACGUUUAGUGAUAACUGUGAUAUAGAUGUCCUGUUUGUCAAUUUGAACAAAAAAGAAAAGAAAACUACAUUAUGCAAAAGAUGUUAGUGCGGAAAAUAAAUUCACAACACUAGCGAUAACACUAGCGAUCCUUACAAGCGUGGUUAGGUAAUGUUGAUGCAACAUAAAAGUUACAAAACGUCUGUUUAGUUUUGCAUACAUUCUGACAUACAUUCAAGUGUAAUAAUUAAUGUAGUUGUAUGAUGUAGCGAUAGUGAAUCCUGUAGAAAAUGGUUGAUUGUCUGAUAAUGAAGUAUUAUACAAAUGCACAUGAACAUGUCGAGGGUGAUAUGCACACAAUUGUUUCUGUGUGACACACAAACACAUACAAUUCGAAACACAUUUUAUAUAUUUAGGGAUUUAAAAUUUGAACCUAUUACAACACACCUCAUCGCAUUUCUAAUAAUGUUUAAAUGACCCAGAGAAAACAAAACGAACUUUUACAUUUAAUAACGGAUAAUAGAAAAUUAAAUUACACAAAGUUUUUGUUGUAUAUAUUUUUAUGUUAAUUCUAUCACUUUCUAUAUUGCAAUUAUUAAUACACAUACUUUUUUCUUUGUUGGUAUAAAACAAAGUUAAGUUACACACAAUUAAGGUAAAAUGAUGAACGACCGUUCACAUUUAUUCAAGCACAACAUCAAAAGCCUGUAACACCAAUCAAAGUAGAUGCAUUUAAAAAAAGGUGCGUAGAAAUAUAUACAUAUUUCACUUCAUCACAAUUAAGCAUAGCUCAGCAUAUUUACUAUACAUACACGAUCAACCACCCAUUCACCCGUCACGCGAAACCACAGUACAUUACACCAAUAACCGUAGGCAACAAGAGAAAAUGGAAAAAAGAAAUUACACACACACACACACACACACACUUGUAUUGUUCCAUCGUGAAAUGUAUAAAAAGUAAGUUAAAAAGUCUCUAACAACUCACUCGCGCCACAUGUGUGACAUAUGGGUACCGUAAAUAGGGACCGUGUUCGGGAGGAAAUUUAUGUUCCAGCGUGUAGCAAAACAUUACAUUACAGACGCCAUUUGUGGCAAGGAAAACAAAACAACAGCACACCAAACAAGAUGUAUAAUGUCUUAUUUCGUGGACCAAUAUUUCGUACACACGUGGGCAUACAAGUACACGGACAAAACGCUCUUGUAAAAGUCACAUACAAAUUAAGUUAAAUUCUGUCGAACCAGAAACCAAACCUCCUGUGCUCUGCCGGAUCAGUUGUAAAGGAUAAUAGUUUUAGUUAUAGUAUUAAACAGUGUAAUCAUUUUUUUUUAUUAAUUUCAGCGAAACGUAUAUUAAACACAAUUUCAUCGAAAAACAACUCCCUUUUCCUAAGACUGAUUACUAUACAUUCUGUAACCCAAAAAAACGUCUCAUUUCGCGAACCUCUUCAUCGAACGGCUUGUUUUGUUUUAUGUUCGGACAUGAUGCAAAGUAAGCUACAGCAAAAAAGGAAAACAUUACAAAAAAAGAAAACACAAAAGUAGAGCUGCAACAAACCAAACUUCACCAUUCUUCAUACAACUGUAAAGCUAACCAUAGCUAACGAUCAAAAAAGAGAAAUGAGCAUCCAUGUUCUACAAGCAGCAAAAGCGCAAACUGUAUAAUCAAAUCAAUUACGUGCAAAACAAAAACGAGACCCAAUAAAAUGAAAGUACAUUUAAAACGA